UCGAUUUAGUGCGGCGACAAUCAACAACAUUCUGCUCUGCAUAUACACCGUUAUCGCGUGUUCGCUUCUUCGCGCGUGCAUGUGUAUUCGCUGACUGACUGACUGGCUGACGGAUGGUUGGCCGCUGAGAGAACGUAAAACGUAAGCCGCACCGAAAGGACUCUCGUUCGCUCGCGCGCGCUGUAGACCGACCGACCCAAGGUGCCAUCGCCAGUGAGCGAGGAUUUUGGCGAACGAACGACGGUGUGCAGCGUAGGGAAACAGCGAAACAGAGCGUAAGGAGCGCGCACGAGAGAAAGACAUACACGCGCGCGGCGGACGGACGCGAGUAUUCACGAAGAAGAGCAUUGGCACACACUUGGGUGUGAGUGUUUUUGAGAAAAGUGCAAAACGCAUCGCUUAUUCCCGUUUCGCUGGUGCGUUCUCGCUGGUCGCCGUAAUUUUCGUACGCUUAUUUAAAUUUCCAACUUAGUUGUGUUCGAGAAACGUGACGCGAAGGAUGCUUGGUCAGCGACUGCGACGACAGCUGCAAGCGUUUAAUGAGUACAAGUGCCAAAGGAAGAAUCAAGAAUAGCCAAUCAGCAGAAAAAUCAGCGACGACUCCGGUGGACAACAAAAGAAGAACGGAAACAAUUAGACCGAUGAUUGUUUUGUGUGCGGGUCGUGAGGUUUUCGGCGGUUUAGGCCGAGUCCUUUUGUUCUUGCUGUGAGCGAUUCCGCGAACGUUGUGCAUCGGUGGGUGAAAGAACACGCGUUUUGGAUAUUCAAAAAACCUGUUAGGAAGUUUUGAUCGCCAAAGUUUUGGAUUUACUCUCGAAGCAAGUGGUACCUGUAUCAGCCCAGUGCACAAAAUCCCAACUACUCGCAAGUGAACAUCUGUGAAGAAAAAAAAAUUGGGCCUAACGAAAACAUCGUGAAGUCGUUUGAACAGAAAUUUAAAAGUCUCCAAAGGAUUAUCCUUUCUGCCUGGCCGGGGAAAAAUCGUGAAUAUACACUGCAGUGAAAAGCAUACAAGUACAGUAGCGAAAAGCUUUAGUGAGGUUUAAUUCGGUGGGGGCGCAGCCAACAAACAAGAAGAUUUCUUGCCGCCCCAAAUCAACGUCGUUUCGUUGUCGCCGCGGUGCUCCGGGACCGCGUCUUGGUCCUACAUCGUCGCCGUCGUCGUCCUUUAUACGUGUUUUUUUUUUCUCCAUCGUCCAAGUCGGUUCACGCUAGGACGUGAGGAUUCAGCGAAAAAUUUCGCCGCAAUAUCAUCCGAGGUAACAACACACAAGGCUGCAAAACAGCCAGAAAGGCCAAAGGCAAGCAUUAACCCAGAGCGGUAAAGGAAGAAAAAAUUAGUGAAGAGUUUCCCCCCACCUCCCCCGAACGUCUCCGGAAACGGCUGCUACGGGAAAAGAAAACUCAGGAGAAGCGAAAAAUAACACAAGAUUUUUUUUAGUCGGUUAGUAAGUGUGCCGGUCGGUCGUCAGUUGGUCCGGCGUGUGUAUCCGCGAAAAGAAACGCGAACCCUCGAACCAAGGAGCCACAUACAAAGUUAAGCAUCGCGAGUGGCACAAAAAAAAGUAUACGGAAGAAAGGAAAGCAAACUCGCGACGUGUUCUUUUUUCUCGCCGUGCCUAGUACACCUUAAGUAAAUUGGUGGUGCUUUCGCAAUCAUCAGUGCUCCCUUCGCGCGUGCACCAGAUUGCGUUGUGUCGUCCCGUACGCCGGGCGCCGAGUGUGAUUUUUUUUUCGCGCAGUAUUCUGCCACAGGGACCCAAUCGACGGGGAUCCCUGCGUCCACCGGCCCUAACCGUGGACCAACUGCAACUCCUCCAGCACCAGCAGCGGAACCAUCCACACCGUUUCCAUCCGUCACCGCUGUCCCCGUCAUCGCCAUCCCCGGUGGUAGAACAUCAGCUACCGCCUCCACCGCCACCACCACCGCUACGCGCGCCGGCAGGUUCUUCGCAUCCUCACCAUAGAAGCAGUCCUCACCAGGGGCUACAUCAUCCAGCAGCCCUGCAGCAGCCACAGCAGCAACAACAGCACCAGCAACGUGCCGGCUGGGAUUGUAAUUUAUACUCACGCACGACGACGCACUUCAAGAUGAUGAUGGCAACGAAAGGAAAACGCCCCUUGCGGCAUCUAACGGCCACGGACAAGAUCGAUGCCAUCCAGCGGAUUCACGACGGCGAAUCCAAGGCAUCGGUUGCCCGAGAUAUCGGUGUCCCGGAGUCAACUCUUCGAGGAUGGUGCAAAAACGAGGAGAAACUGCGCUAUAUGUCCCGACAGUCUGCAGAGAAUGCCGAAAAGCUCACCAACGAAGCAACGGCAGCUGCACUGACGGCCGUAGCUGCUGCAGAACUCUUCAACGGACCUCCAGAGAAGCGAUUAAAACUUGAGCAGGGCCUGUUCGGUAAUGGCAAGCUCAAGUACGACGAUAGCUUCUACAAAAGCCCCCGAGGACCGAUGAACGGACUAGAUCUCAGUGGCGGCGAUAAGGGAUUGGGAGUUUCCGGAGGUGAUAUCAUCAUGAACGGACUGCACGGUGCGGACUUCAGUUCGUUUGCUAAGACAGCGGCAGAGAUCUCCGCUUUGAACAAAUCCAAAGAGUUGAACCUCAAAGGCUAUGGUGCCGAUCUUAGCAAACACGGAGAUCCGAAGCAGGCCGAUCUCUCGAUGGCUGCCAUCAGUCCGCUAACUAGUCUGAGCCACCUAUCCGGAAUGUCCGGGCUAGCACAGAGUCCCCUGGCGUUGAGUUUCAACGAGAUAGCCACAAAUCUGAAUCUCUUUGCUCAGCUCAACAACAACCACAAUCACAACUUGGCCACAAUGUCCAACUUGGGUGGGCUCACUGCAGCCCAAUCACUGCGGAACGCACGGCCAAAAGCCAAUACUAGUCAGAGUCCACGCACAUCGAGCCUAUCGGAAGUUAACGGCGAUAAAACUCCAUCGCUAACAGUUCGUAACUUGGCCAAGCUACAACAGAAAACUUCCGGCGAUCUCAGUAACGGUAUGAUGCAUGGUAUUAAUUUAUCGGAAAAAUAUAAACAACCAUCUGCUGCUCCUCUCACAGGUCGAGACACAAAUGCGCCGGUCGACGAAGCUCUCUGGUAUUGGCUGAAAUCGCAACAAGCUAUGCUCGGACUAAACAAUCUCUAUUCAUCGAUGCCACGCCCGUCGAGUCCUCAGCAGAGUUCAUCUCCACCGCAGCAGCAUCAACAGGUUCAGCAUCACCCAUCGACGCAGACUCCCACGCCGCCCAUCGUAUCCACCCCGCAACCAACGCCACCAUCCUCCGCCCCUUCACUAACUCCCGAAGACACCAAAAACUCUUCGUGGUUCUGGCAGUGGUACAAAACCUUCGGCGCAUCCUUAAUGCCCGGGGAUAAGUCCAACAACAACACAAUCAACGCCAAUGCCAACUCCAAGCAAGCUGCUUACGAGAACAUCCUCUACUCCCAACUUACCAAAGGCCAAAAUUCCGACUCGCUCAACAACAAUGCUCAACCCAUCAACCUGAACAUCAACAGCUCAAACGCACCGGAAAACCUCAAGUCUGAACCCGAGGAUCUCUCCAAUCACAACCACUCAUCGUCGAAUGCCGCCGUUCCGCCUCCCGCCGAGGAUGUCCAGCGAUUCAACCCCAGUCCGUCAACCUCCGCCAAAUCUGAGAUCAAACACGAAGACGACGAAGAGCAACCGGCCCCAGCAGACGAUGAACCCCCAGCGGAAUCGAAGUGCAACGGCAAAGUGAAGGACGUGCUGGACAACUUCCUGUUCCAGAACCAGAACAGCAACGAUCGGGACAGUCCAGCCAACCUGUCCAUGCGCUCCAACACAUCCCCGAGGCGCCGUUCCGUAAGUCCCGCUGUAAGCAACCGUCAUGCCAACAGCCCUGAACUGGAAACCAACGACUUGGCGGUCACCACGAACGGCAUCACGGAGGACGAGCACAAGAGUGAUAUCUCCGAGGAUUCGAAUCACAUGCUGGUAGCGGACAUCAAGAGCUCGGCGGACGCCGUCGAACAUGGUGAAAAGUUCCUCAAGUGGCUGGAAGCGUGCAGCGAUCCGAACGUGACAGCCGUGCAGGUGAUGCAGUUCAAAUAUUUGCUCAACUGCAUAAAGUUGAGUGCCGAGCGGCAACACCAGAACGCUGCCACUAGUGGUGAAGAACGCACCCGGGUGCGACGGCGGAAGUAGACUCCUUCAUCCCCCUCCAAGUUCCGUGUAAAUAGUUUCCCAAAAACUCCAGUCUAAAUCAAAAGAGAGAAUGCAAGUAAGCACAGAACACGAUAUCAUUAGUCCUACUCUCGCUUGGUCGCCCACUACAUAGAAUCUCAUCUUCCACUCAUUCCAAAAUAAGGGAAGGUAUAGAGCCAAGCUGAUCGGAGAAAACAUAGCAGUAGCGCAAACCCCUAACGAAAUAAGUAGUUAAAUUUUUCUCAAUUUUUUAUGAAAUCCGAUAUUUUUGUUUACUAUCAUUAUUUUAUACAAAGAAUAUGAAAUGGUCGAGAAAUCGAAAAGAAGUCAUUAUCAGACAACGCUUUUUUCCAGUUGUCGUUUGCGGAACCCGGAGGCGUCUCUCUGGACCCUUCGGAACGGUAUUUAUCAUUAUGACUGUGUAAAUAAUACUCAUUGUUUAUCUAGAGAAAGAGAAGUUGAUAUCGCAAGACACUUUGACUAAGUAAGAAAACAACAUGCCAAAUGUACAAGUUAUCGAGAUAUUACUCUUUGAAAAUCCGUAUAUCGCUAUUACAUAAACAAAAAUGAAACUAUAAAUGUAAGGUAACUUUGAAAGCAAACUGUCCAAAAACAAAAUAAAUCGCUGAAAUAAACUGAAUUAGAAGACUAUGUUAACGAAAACCGUGAGAGAGUGGUCUCGUGUCAAAGAUCUCGUAUUUACUUUCAGAAAAGAAACAAAACACAAUAUUCUGCUCAAAAACUCAGUCCAAAGAGAGAACAACCAAACGCAGGAAGCUUUUCGGUCAAGGCAACACACAAAUGUUUCGAUUAUUUUUAGUACGUAAACGAAAAAAAGACAAACACAUUCCUCUCGAUAGCAUUUGAGAACCCAGAAAGCAUUCACCCCCGUUAAAAUCAAUGUGAGAUUGCAACUUUCGAAAAGUUACGCUCGAAGCAUUACUACUGGCAGCCAGGGCCACGUAAUCAGUCAGGAAGUCUUGGACAGAAUCAGACAAAAACAAUUCAAUUUUGGCUGGAACAAAGAGAUAAAUUCGAAUACCGAAGGGACAAAUUAAAUGUGAUUAAAUAAAACUGUAUUCCUAAUGUGGCGCGAAAACGCUAUGCGAAAUAUAAGAAAACCAAUUAAAAUGGAAAACGGUGUCAAACAUUUCCCAUAAAACGUAUAGACCGGCGUGCGCUGAGCUCACAUGUUGCAAACGUCAAAGUAUGUAUGAAUUAUUGAAUAAAUUAAAAGAAAAUUGAAAGUGAAUAAAAUGUUGAAUAUAAUAAAAUGGAAAGGAGCAGAAAAAUAAACGAAACGAAUGGAUACUAAUUAUUGGUAACUAUAAUGAAAAAUUAUUGAAUCACACAGAUGACAAAAAAAAACUAGAGAUUAAAAUGGAAAAAUAAAUUAUCAAAUGAUUUCUCAAUAUCAAAAAAAUAAAA